AUGAGCAAUUCUCGUGUUUAUGUUGGGCAUAUUCCUUAUGAGGCUAGAGAGAGGGAUGUAGAACGCUUCUUUAAAGGUUAUGGACGAAUUAGAGAUAUACUUAUUAAGCGGGGUUAUGCUUUUGUUGAAUUGGAUGAUCCAAGGGAUGCGGAUGAUGCUGUGUACGAAUUAAAUGGUCGUUCUAUUUUGGGAAUGAGAGUUGUCGUUGAAAUUGCAAAAAGUAAGCCGUGGCGAAGUGGUGAUACUUGGAGCUCUCGUCGACGUGGAUAUUCUCGAUCGCGUUCUCGAUCUCGACGUCGUUCCUACUCUCGAAGUCGCCGUCGAUACUCUCGGAGCCGUUCGCGCAGUUACGAACGUUCUCGACGUAGGCGCAGCCGGACUCCGGAAAGUGACCGUGAACGUUCUCGAAGCCGUGAUCGAUCUCGCAGUUAUGAAAGGGAUGUAACUCCAAACAAACACCGCACCAAAUCUGAAACUACUAAACAUGAUCGAAGCAGACACUCACGCAGUCGCACAGCAGAAAAUGACCGCUCUCGCAGCCGUGAUCGUUCUCGAAGCCGUGAACGUUCUAAGAGCCGUGAGGAGCGUUCUAGAAGCCGUGGUCGUUCUCGCAGUGAAGAGAGGGAUUUGACUCCAGCCAAUAAAAUAACCAAGGACGAAGAAGAAGAGAGUCGAGAAUCAGUAGAAUCGAAUGUUGAUAUGAAGUCCAAAGAAGAAGUUCAAGAUGAAGAUACUACAAGUAAAAGAUCAGUAGAUGAAAAUACACCAGCAACGGAUAAUUCUGAAUCUAAUAAUCAUGUGAACAAUUGGCAUCCAGUCAAAGAAGAGAGCGAUGAUAACAACGCUGAAGAUAAUGGAACUGAUGUUAAGAAUCGAAAGCGUUUACCAAAUAAUGGCGAGGUCGAAAAUGAUGAUGCUGUGCAGAUUAAACGCGUGAAAGAUGAAGAACAAGAAGAAUAUGGCCCUGCUCCUCCAGCUACUCUUAUGGAAUGA